CGCCCGGAGCGUACGAGCAAAGCCUCGCAAGACGACGGCCAUGAUCGGCACGCUGCUGGCCGCUUCGUGGGUUCUAUCGCGGCUCGCCGGUGGAUCGCCGCUGGAGGACGCCUGCGGUCCGCAACCCAACAAGAAGGAAAUGAUGUCCAUGCUGACGCCAGCAGCAGAUAUGUUCGUCGACUGCUACGAGAACUACGACCAGUACGGAGUUCCGUCCAAGUACCUGACAAAGGUGCUGCCGACCAUCUGUACCGAAUACGACGGCUGCCUGUCUUCCGCGCAAGAGGGUGAUGGUGACCAGAAGGAAAAGAUUGUCCAGUGUAUCAUCGAGAAGGUCAAGGCCCAACUGUCCGAAAUGGGAGACCUACCAAAGCCCGCCGAUGACGUCAGCGAAAAACUAUUCGGCUGUAGCUUCCGGAGACCCACCGUGCCGAUCACGAACCGCAAAAACUUUUUCGUCUGCAUUCACUGGUACCAGAUCGCCGUGUCCAUCGAAUGAGCAACAAUCCGCACUGACGACCCGUUUUACUUCCCCCAGUCUGCUCUUUUCAAUAGCUAAUAUUCGGCGGAGAAUAAAGCAUGU